UUAUCGUUACCUGUUAUUCGUCAUGUUGAAAAUCAUAAAAGUUAAUAACUUUUAUUUCUUUAUUUAAUUACAGUGCGUUAUUUAUUCUUAAAUUCAUAACAAUUAUAUUUCUAUAUAUUUAUCAUAAUAUUGAAUUGAAAGUUAUAUAUAACUGCUUAUAUAGUUAUUAAAAAACAAAAAAAUGGCUGAUAAUUUUAUUCAAAAGAAAAAUUCAUCUCCUGAAAAACCUAUUGAAGUUUUCGUUAGAGUCAGGCCUAUGACCGAUGUUGAUAAAAGUAAAGGUCUUCCUGUUGUGGAAGUUUCUCAAAAUGGAAAAGAAGUAGUUGUAACAGAAAAAACAAUAUUGUCUGAUCGUAGAACAAAAACGUUUCAUUUUGAUAAAGUUUUUGGGCAAAAUUCUAAACAAGUUGAUGUAUAUAAUUGUGUGGUUUAUCCUCUAAUUAAAGAAGUUUUAGAUGGGUAUAAUUGUACAGUUUUUGCAUAUGGUCAAACAGGAACUGGAAAAACAUUUACCAUGGAAGGAGAAAGAUUAAAUGGACAAUCAUCUAUAUCUUGGAAUAAGGAUCCAGUUUCUGGUAUAAUUCCACGUGCAUUGAGUCAUAUGUUUGAUGAACUAAGACUUUUACAAGUUGAACAUACAGUAAGAGCAUCAUUUUUAGAACUUUAUAAUGAAGAGAUUUUUGAUCUUCUUUCCACUUCUGAAGAUCCAACUAAUAAAUCAUUAAGAAUAUUUGAAGAAAAAAAAGGCUCAGUUAUUGUUCGUGGAUUAGAGGAAGUUAUUGUUGGUAAUAAAGAUGAAGUUUACAAGUUACUUGAAAAAGGAUCUAAAAGACGCCAAACAGCAGCUACAUUAAUGAAUGCUCAAUCAAGUCGUUCUCAUACAAUUUUUACCAUAACUAUACAUAUUAAAGAAUCAACAAUUGAGAGUGAAGAUAUAGUAAGAGUUGGAAAAUUAAAUCUAGUUGACUUGGCUGGCAGUGAAAAUAUUGGACGAUCAGGUGCUAUUGAUAGACGUGCAUGUGAGGCAGGAAAUAUAAAUAAAUCAUUAUUAACACUUGGACGUUGUAUCACAUCUCUUGUAGAACAAACUCCACAUGUUCCUUACAGAGAAUCAAAACUUACACGUUUAUUGCAAGACUCAUUAGGAGGAAAAACAAAAACUUCAAUUAUUGCGACUGUAUCUCCAUCACAUUUUAAUGUUGAGGAAACUUUAAGCACUCUAGAUUAUGCAUCUAGAGCUAAAAGCAUAAAAAAUAAACCUGAAGUCAACCAAAAGUUCACUAAAAAAGCUCUGAUCAAAGAAUAUACAGAUGAAAUAGAAAAACUCAAACGAGAUUUAUGUGCCACACGCGACAAAAAUGGUGUAUAUGUUGCAGAAGAAAACUACAACGAUAUGAUUUUAAGGUUGGAAAAAAAUGAAGCAGAUAUUUGUGAAAAAAUUGCAACAAUAAGAGCUGUAAAUGAAGAGUUAAAUAAAAAAGAAGAAAUUAUGAGAGAAUUAAAAGUGGAUUUAAUUAAAACUAUGGAUGAACGAGAUAGAAGAGACAGUCUUAUAGUAAAACUUGACAAAGAAGCGAAUAAUUUAAGAACUUUAGCAGAAGUUUAUGAAAAUGAUAUGAAAUUAUUGCACGAUAAAAUUGAACGAACUACCGAUGUUGAAAAAUCUAAUGAAUCAGCAAUUGAAAUGCUUAGACAUCGAGUUUCAGAAACUAAUGUGUCCUUUUCUAAUACCUUAUCUCUAUUUGAAAGUAAAAAUAGAGAAUAUUUGGACAAUCAAAAUAAACUGAAUGAUGAAAUGUAUCACAAAUAUAAUUCUUUAUCUAACAAUUUUAAAACUGUUUUAAAUAACUUGAGCAGUUUUAAUGACAUAACUAUUAAUGAAUGUUUACAAACCAGAGAACAAAUUAUCAAUAUUUUAAAAUGUAGUGAAACUAAAAGUAGUACCAUUGGUCAAGAAAUAAAAAUAUUGUCAGAAAAAUUGAAUGAUCUUGAGUCCAAAUUAGUAGAAAAAUCACAAACCAUUUGCCAUGUUGUUACUUCAAUAGAUACAUAUCAUGAUUCAAUUAUUAAACAUAUUUCUGAGACGAAAUUACAUAACAAAAGUAUGAAUGACAUAUUAAAUGAAAUAAAAUAUCGAUUUACCACUCAAGAAAACUGGAAUAAAUCUAUUGAAACUUUAUAUAUGAAUCACAUUAAAAAAUGCUACCAGUUAAUGAAAGAUGAAAAAUAUAAAUCACUGCAGAAAAUUCAAAAUAUCAAAGAUAACUACACUAACUUUAAAAUGCAAAUUGACGAGUUCAAUGCUGAAUUUUUGAAAAAUAUUGAUGAUGCAAAAGAUUUAAAAUAUUUUGAUGCUAUUAAAAAUGAUUAUGAAAAUAAAGAUAUAGAAUUGUCAGACUUGUUUAAAAAACAAAACAAAGAAAUUGAAGAUAUGAAUCCAUGUUUAACUUCAUUAGAAAGAAUUCAAUUACAAAACUUUGAAUUAAUGGAACCAAUUGAAAAACUUACUAACGAGAGUCAAGUUAUUUUAAAGUCUAUAUCUGAUAAUGCUCAAUUUGAUCAAUUAUCUCAUCAAUGUACUACAAACCAAGAAACACUAUUAAAAAUUCAUGAUACUGUAACAUUAGAAUUUGAUCAUUUAACUCAAAAUAUUACUAAUGAAGUUGAAAAUAUUAACAAAAAAAUUUUGAAUGUUAACAAUAACAUAUCUAAAACAAUUGAUGAAGCAAAUUAUUGUGUGCGACAUUAUGAAAAUAUUACCAAAGAAUUUCAUUCUAAUUUAUCAUUACUUAAUGAAAAACAAGUUGAUAGUGUUGAAACGGGUAGUUUAUGUGUUAAAGAAGAAUUCUUUAGGCAAGAAACCAAUGUAAAAAUAUUUUUAAAUGAAGCAAAGAAGUGUACACCAUCAGGUGAAACUCCUAAGAGAAAACAGUUUGAUUAUCCUGAUUAUGUAAACACUACACUAAGACGCGAGAUCACACAGAAUUAUCUAGAAGAUAUUGGUGAAUCUGUCGUAAGUUCCACAUCAACACAUUCAAGCCUUGUAUCAUUGAAUGGGUCAGACUCAAACCUACCAUCUAAAGAAAAUAGCCCAAAAAUGAUUAAGAAACAUGAUAUCAAAAAAUACAAUAAAAAACAAAGAAAUGGAAAUAUAUUGGUUGAACGUAAUUAACAUAUAUAUUAAAUUUUAAUCUUAUUAGUUUUCGGUGUAAAUAAUGAAUUAUUCAGAUAAUAUUGUAUAUUGUGUAACUUUAUAACUUGUAUUUUUUGACUAAUUUGUAACUUUUAUAUGAAAUUUGUCUAGUUGUUUAAGUUAAUUUUUUAUGAACAACUUUAACUUUUAAUCAAAAACUGUAAUUUUUUUUUUAUCAUGUUUUAAAUGUGUUAAUGACCAUUUUUAUAAUUUUGAUACAACCUUUCAAAUAUAUAGUAAAAUAUUAUGUAGUAUAAAUAUUAUUUAAAUUAAUACAUACAUUUUACAAGAA